AUGCAUCUGGGCAAGCGAAGAGCCGAGUCGCCAGCCGGCACGCGCUCGAGAAAGAGGCUGUCGCUGACCUCGCUGGCCGCAAAAGCGUCGACGACGUCGCUGCGAUAUGAGCCUGACGGAUCAUUCCUCAACAUCUUCAUGGCGAAUGGUCGUCUCAAGCGCAACAGCUCCUCGAGUCUACGCACUCCAUCGCGACCGCUCUUACGACCCGCGCCACUCCAGCUCGGACUCCAUCUCUCGCAGCGACCCCUGCAGACACACCCGCAUUACGAUCUCGCAUCCAUCAAGGAGAUCACCAUCUUCCCAACAUCUCUUGCCAUGAUCAAAUCGAAUUGGAUCUUUCGUUUCACCAUGAACUGCACCCCCCAACUGGGACCGCCACUCCCAGACCACAUCGAGCAGCAGCUAUACCAACGAUGCCUAUCCAGUCGCCUCUAUCCUCGACCCGAGCGUCUGCCCUACAUUCAUAUAGGAUCAACAGCUCUCGGCUUUCGCGUGAAUUUCUACCUCAUCCUACCAUAUGCCUCGACUGCUUCCUCCGCAUCAGGCACCGGACACAUGAGCUACAGCGAUCUCCAGCGGGUCUACGAUGGUGCAAUCCGACCAGCCCUGGACGCUGCCUACCCCCGUCGUCAACCAUGGCCGUGCUGGAUGGACGCCAAAAACGAGUCUCACCUCAAACCCCUCAAGUCCCGACGCAAAAGCUCACGAUCCGAGAUCCAAGAAGAACGCAUGCACUGCGAAGGCCUAGCAGCAUUCUGGAACGCAAUCGAAGAAUCUUCCGAGAAAAUCGAAGUCGCGCACCUCCUCCGCGGCAAACAACUCAUCGCCUACGGCGACGUCGCCGUCCACGACUGGCAAACCGACUGGCAGCAUGAUCCCUAUCCCUCCAUCCGAACCCCCAAUCUCUGCACGCAGGACGACACCCCUUCGACACGUCGCUUCCAUGCCGCCGACGAGACGCACUACUACGCCUUUGACCACGACCUCUAACCCGCUUUUCCCUCCGCCUUCGGCCGCUCCGCCGACUUGUCCUUUACCUUCGAUUCCACCCAAUGUCGUCGUCAAGAAGAGGACGACGAGGAGGAUGAGUUCGAAGCAUUCCAUCAAGAUUGUCGAUGCGCCGAGUGGCGGGGCGCAUUUGAGUGAGUUGGCGGAGCUUGAAUAAUGGGACACUCGUAUCGCAGGCGUUGCUUGGCUGUGCAUCACUUUUUCUUUCGCAUUGUCGGGGUUUGGUCAUCUUUUGUUCCCAGACUGAACAACCUUUUCUUAUCGCUCGAGGGACAUUUGUGGUGCCAGCGGCGUUGAGGGGUUGCUGGAUCUGCUUGCUUGCUUGCUGUUUGUAAGGACGCUUACUAUCACCAAUCGAAGGACACAUCUCUUUGUAUGCAUCGGAUAGUGAGUGGAGGAAGAAUGGAUAAUUCAGUCUAUCGAGAAUUGCUGCCAAAAACAAUCCUAGUCGUCGCGAAACCUGCUUCAUCAAUUGGGUAUCUUACCGUGUCCUCCACUUCGUGCUCAUGAUUCAUUUCUUGGUCCUUCAUCGACUCUCGUGCGCUCUUCACAUCCAGUCAUCAAUCCUCUUCACCAUCCUGAUGGUGUCCUCGACAGCUGCAACUUCCGUCUCGAGGUGCGCUCGCACCCAUUCCCCAACGGCAUCCUCCUUCUCGGAAAGAUCGACCAGGACUUGCUUUAUAGCCGCUGGAGCACCCGGUAAAAGAGCUCGAGCAAGAACAUCGCCAUCGAUAUGGAAGUCGUUGAGCUUACUAUUGCUAGUGGUCAUGGCUACAGCCAUCUCUCCGCCGAAGCCAACCGGCAGCGCUCUGCUCUCACCCGUCAUACCUUCGCCGCCAGAGAUGUAAGGCGGAUCGCGGUGACAGCGUGGUGACAGCGUUUUGUUACGUUCGAUGAGUCGUUGCAACCAGAACAGCUUUCGCCAAAGUGUUGGAUCGAGAAGCGCUAUAUUGACCACGGCGCCAUCUGUAGCCGAGCCGGUCAUGCGCUCGGAGACGAUACCUGUUGGUGCCGCUCCUUUGCGCAUUGCUGGUGGGUUUCGUACCAUUCUUGUUACUGAUCUCCAGAGUUGAGCCUCAAAGCACAUGGUGCCUGAGCUGUAGCCUGACUGUGAAGCGCUUUGCGUACUUGUUUCAACCGGGAGCAUCAUGCCGAUGAGCCGCCCGUACUUUGAGCUUGCCAGUGAGAAGAGCGAUGUCUUAUCUUCACUCUGUUCCGGUGUGGGCACGAUAAGGUGGCUGAUCAACAGGUCUGCUUGCGGGCCCAUUGCCACCGGCGACAGAGAACACUUGGUCGUGCCAUCUUCCUCUCGAGUCUCGAGCAGCUUCAAUGCAAUGAGUGAGUCGGCAUUUGUCGCAAUG